CUCGUGCAACUUCAAGCUUGGGGCCCACAACAACAACCCUCACAAAUUCAAUGACUGCCAUGAAGUAACGCCUGUUACGCCACGGUGACGAAGACCACAGACUGCCUGCGAAUGUAGCCACGUCCUGCUGAGGCAACACGUAGAUUUCCCAACUAGCAUAUCUCGAACAUCCACGAAACAACACCGGCAAUCAUGGCUCAAGCACUAGCACAAGCACAAGCAGCGAAUGGCACUUCAUCGAAUGGAAGUGGUCCAGAUCAAGGUGGAUUCAAGCUCAAGUUCUGCACUGUCUGUGCCAGCAAUCAGAACAGAUCUAUGGAAUCGCAUCUCCGACUUGCAGCAGCGAAUUAUCCCGUCAUUUCGUUUGGUACAGGAUCUCUAGUCCGUCUUCCGGGACCCUCAAUCUCCCAGCCCAAUGUCUACCAAUUCAACAAAACUUCCUACGACAGCAUGUACAAGGAACUAGAGGCGAAAGACCCACGUCUAUACCGGGCGAAUGGUAUACUGAAUAUGUUAGGGCGGAACAGAGGGGUCAAAUGGGGUCCAGAAAGAUGGCAGGACUGGCAGAUUGGGGUGCCUAGGUUGGAGCACAGUGCAGACAGAGGCAGCGAAGGCGUGGAAGGAGGGGUUGUGGAUGUGGUCAUUACUUGUGAAGAAAGAUGCUGGGACGCUGUCAUCGACGAUCUUCUCAGCCGAGGAUCCCCUUUGAAUCGACCAGUACAUGUCAUCAAUGUCGAUAUCAAGGAUAAUCAUGAGGAAGCGUUGACCGGAGGCCGGGCCAUUCUUGACCUCGCAGACUCUUUGAACAAGGCAGCGGCAGAAGAGAGAACUCUGGACCCGGUAGGGUUUGACAGUGGAAACGCGGCUAGUAGAUCUGGGUUUGAUGAGCGAGUACCGGAGAUAAUUGGAGAGUGGCAGGAGAGAUGGCCAAACUUGCCAGCGGUAUGGACUUUGGCGUGGUUUUGAAAAUUGCAUGGGAAUUGCAUCAUGGUCUGGCGUUCUGGUCCGGGAUACCCAUUCAAAGGAAGGAGUUGAAGUUCUCGGGAAGGGGCAUUAUCCCAUUUAUCUAAGACAGUAAGUGCUAGCGAAUGUCUCAAUGGGGAAGUCAUGAGGCUACGAGGUGAUAAAUGGUACUGUGCCCUUGCUUGGCGAUUUAAUGCCAACACAUCAGGUCGUGUGAGCUGUGAGCCGCAUAGGGCUGCGAAUCUAAGAAUCUCGGCGAGCAGAUGAAUAUGGUCUCUGACCGAUGAUCCUUGGAAAUUGUUGGAGUCCGGGGGUCACUCCUUGGACCCGCCU